AUGAAAGUGAAAAUAAAGCGUUGGAAUAGUGUAGCUUAUUGGCGUUGGGAUGUUUCGAAUGAGGAAGUAUGUGGAAUUUGUAGAAAUUUAUUUGAUGGUUGUUGUCCUACUUGUAGAAUACCUGGCGAUGAUUGUCCACUCAUAUGUGGAGAAUGUACACAUGUAUUUCAUAUGCAUUGUUUGUUGAAAUGGCUUCAGACUGAAGGAAGUCGCGGCAUGUGUCCUAUGGAUCGUGGAACUUGGGGUAAUCCACCUUCACCUGUUGAUCAUAUAAUUUACGAUGAUUUACAAGAAAUACGAAUAAUUAAAAAUGAUCCAAAUUCUAUUGUAAAUGAUCAAAGUGAUGGCAUUGAUAAAGAUGGGAAUGAAGAUUAUAUAGAAGAAUAUGUAGGGGAAGAGUAUGAAAAAGGUGGUAAUAGUGGUGAUAACAAAAGUUACGUGAUAGAAAGAAUCGAAGAGGGUGAAUUAAAAACACAACAAGAUGUUGGUGUUGUUGGUAGUUGCGGUGGUUUUGAUGAGGAGGCACAGUCUGAACAGACUUUUAGAAAGCGAAAAACUAAAAAUUAUUAUGAAAAGCCAAAAGUUAUAAAAGAUUUGGAAUGGUUGAAAUUUCGUGAAUGGUUAAAUCAACAAGGGUUUCCAAAGACCAAGUUAACAUUAGCAGAAUUUAAAGGAACUGGAAGAGCCAGGCGAAAUUAUAAUAUCAGUUCCCCAAAGAUUUCUAAUAACAUAUCAAAGUCUGAUGACAAUAUAUGGCGAAAGGAUUUCAAGAAUUAUGAUUACGAUAAUGGUAAUUACAAUGAUGUAAUGAAAUAUUUACCAUAUCAUAUUAAAGAUUUGUUAGAAAAUCAAAGGAAAAAAUUUAUUGACGAUUUUAAAGUUGUAAAUAAAUUUCUUGAGAAAAACGCAGAUCUUUCGAUGCCAAUUACAUAUGAUGAAUUUCUAUGGGGAUGGUUAAAUGAAUUUAAUAAAUUUAAUAAAAGUUAUGAAAUAACAACAUACGAUUCGAUUAAAAAAGGACAACAGGUCUUUAUAAAUUAUGGGCCACAUGACAAUUAUUUUCUCUUGAUAGAAUACGGAGAAGUUUUUGAGAUUGAAUUGGAGGAACAAGAGAAGAUAAUGAAGCACGAAACGUUGAAAAAUGAAGGAUUUUUGGGUGAUUACACAAUACAUAAAUCAUACGCUUCAUUUAGAUUGUUAAACUCACUCAGACUACUAUUUAGUAAAAACAAUAGCGAGAUACAGGAAUGGAAACAAGUAAUCAGAGGAAACAGAGAAAUCAUUAAUGAAAAUAAUGAAAGAUUGAUAAAUGAUUGGUUAGAGAAAAUUUGUAAUAGAAAAAUACAAGAAAUUAAUCAAAUAUUAAAUGAUAUUGAUAAAAGCGAGAAAGAGAAGACGCAGAUGAAACAUUUAAUAAAAAACAUUAAAUCCAUUUGGUUAGAAAUAAUUAAUAUAUUAAAUUCUAUACAAUAG